CCUUUUUGGUGCCGUUUUCAGCUAUAUAUAUAUAUUUAUAUAUAUAUAUAUAUAUCUAUAUAUAUGUAAGUCUGUUUUGUCCGCGACUGUUUCAGUUGGCUACAGGGGAGAGAGUGCGCGAGUAGAGAGCGCCGCUUUGUCGCUCUCAGUGAGUGUAGCAUGGAUGAGAUCCGUGUGUAAUUGUCGGGGACAUCGGCUUUGUUCGUGUUCCGCGUUUCCUACAGUUUCGAGUUUGUAGUGUCCAGGAGCUUCCGUGUGUGUCGUUCGGCAGGUGCAGGUUGUAAGCGAGGAGUGGAGGCGGAGGAGAGAAAUUUGUGUGGGGGCUCCAAAGCGGGGGAAAGAUUACCGUUGUGUCGGGAUUUGGAGUCGGAUGUUGCAUUCGUGGAUCAGUCGUGGUUUCAGACACGACUGACAGAGGGUUACGCCAGUUUUUUCCUGUUGAUCGUACUCGUAGUGAGUCGCUGACGAGAGGCUACGCUACCAGCAGAUUCCGUUCGCUUGCGCUUAUGUCGGGACAAAACUCUAUACUCGAUCAAUCAACAUACGCACAAUCGCCAGUCACAGCUACGGUCAAGAACCAACAACUUUCUCGCUGAAGUUCCGACAAAAGACUGGAAACUGGAUUAGGCUUAGUUUUAUGUUCAUGAGCGCAACAACUUCGUUUCAACGUGUCGACAGUACUUAGUUUUGCAGCGACAAGAAGAUGGAUAACGGUCAGGAGUUGGGCGUUAGAGCGUUAAAAGUGCAAGGCAUUUUCAAUCAGUUCGAUAGAAACCAAGAUGGUUUUCUCAACAGGAAUGAAAUGGCCAGCUUGGUGAUCGCUGUCAAUCCCCGGGUGAAGUUCAGUAAAGAGCAGAUCGAAGCCAUUCUUGACGAAGUAUUCAGAACGUAUGGGGAGUUUAUUGAUGGUAACAGGGGUUUGAGCUUUGAGGGCUUGCUGCGAACUUACGAUGACGGAGCUGGUGACGUGGACAGGGACUUCGAUGCCCUGGGAUUACAGUUGCCUGAGAAACCGGCGCCGUUAUCUACUCCACAGAGAGAAGUUCCAAUUGGAGUGCUUGCGGGUAACAAUGUUGAAGCACGCAAUGCUGGUUCUACUCAUCCUACGGCAGCUCUAGUCACAGAAUCCUCUCCCUCAGUAAUGAAAUCCCCACCGUCGAUUGUAAAUGAAAGCUCAGGCCAGGUGAGCAGGCGCAUGUCCCGGGUGCCUGAAUGGGCCAAGUCUGCGAACAAUGGUAUUCAGUAUGAGGAUACGUGGAGGCUGAUAGAGGACUUGGAGGUUCUGCUGAAGAGGCGGGAGACUAAGAUCGAGGGGAAGCGGAAGCAGAGAGCGGACAAGAAAGGGGCUGGACUAAAUGGUUUGGGCUCUACGGACUGGGAAGAUGGUACAGAGCAAGGCGAAGGGGCAGGGAUGAAGCGUGGGGAGGGAGAGCUAGGGACCGAUUUUGGUGUUUUCAAGAAGGACCUUCAGGAAUUGCGUGAGAGGGUGGGGAAAGUGCACACCCCAGAUGAAGCAUUUGAUGGUCACAUGGCUAUGGGGAAGAGUCUAUUUGAGCGUGAGUGGCUUGAACAAGCGCUAAUUAGCUUCCAGCUGGCAGUUCAGCUGAAGCCGCAGGAUGUGCGGGCUCACUUCCUAGUGGGUAAUUCUCUUUACUCUCUGGGUCGGUACGAGGAGGCCAGGACGUCGUAUCAGAAGGCUCUCGAGGCAGGGGAAGAGAACGCUCAGGAAUGGCAGGGUAUUCUUCCACAGGUACAUGUUAACCUCGGAAUUGCCCUGGAGGGGGAAGGUAUGUUGAUGUGUGCAUGUGAUCAUUAUCGUGAGGCAGCAAUACUGAACCCUCGCCAUUACCGAGCAUUAAAAUUAUUGGGAAGUGCCCUUUUUGGAUUGGGUGAAUAUAGAGCUGCCCAAAAAUGUCUUGAGGAGGCAUUGGUUCUGAAACCAGAUUAUACAGAUGCUCAUUGUGAUCUUGGUUCAGCUCUGCAUGCAUUACAUGAUGACGAGCAGGCCAUUUUGGAGUUUCAGAAGACUAUUGAUUUGAAUCCUAACCACGUGGAUGCGCUGUACAAUCUGGGUGGACUAUUGAAAGACUCUGGAAGGUAUGAAAGAGCUGCUGAAAUGUAUGCCAAGGUGAUUCAGCUAAGGCCCCGUGAUUGGAGGGCGCAGCUCAACCGAGCAGUCUCCUUGUUGGGAGCUGGUGAACAAGAAGACUCUAGGAAGGCUUUCAAGGAGGCUUUUAGAAUGACUAACCGCUUGGAUAUUUAUGAUGCUAUCAAGCAUCUGAAGCAGAGGAAAAACAUAACUGCAUUUGCCGCAAAUGCAGAGCAGAGUGCUACUGGUCGGCGCACUCUUACUCAUGAGCCUAGCUUUAUUCAGGUGGAUAGAACCAAAUUCAGGCAGGCGAACAACAACACAACCCCCCGGGAGUAUUUGGAGUGUGCACUCAACAUUCGCAAAUUUCAGAAACACACGAGGCUGGUCUCCUGCGAUAUUAGCACUUUGUCAGCAGCGAUAGACAGAAGUGGAUAUCUACGUGCCAACGAAAAAUUUGGUGCCGCACCCACUCAAAACGAGAAAGUAGUUCGCAAAGCUGAGUUAGAGAAGAUAUUACCUGGGGUUCUCCAAGUUCACAAUCCAGAUACUUUUCAGAGUGCUGUAAGGGCCAUAAACGAGCGCAUCCUGUCUGUUCUAGACCGAAGUGGGUCAGGAAGAGUCGACGUUGGCAUGUUUUUUGCAGUGUUAGCUCCUCUCUGUGGAGGUCCAGUGGAAAAGAGGAAGCGUCUGGUUUUUGAUGUUCUCAGACGGCGGGUAUCACAUCCAAGGGAGGGCGUUGCUCCCAAUGCAGAUGUAAAAUACUACAUGAAAUUACUGCGAGCAAUCUAUCUUCCUACUCAGGGCACAAGUGAAUUGGCAGAGGUGCAUGGCGAAGACGACAAGGUGCAGGUCUCAUUCCCAGAGUUCAGGGGCAUGUUUGACGAUCCCAACUGGGGUUUCGGCAUCUUGAGCACUUUGGUGAAGCUCGAACAGGUCGACCGUGUACGUCACAACGGUGUCUUAUGCGGCGCCUGCGAUUACGUCAUCGUUGGGCCUAGGUUCAAAGAAAUCACCAAAAAGUUCAACCUGUGUUCCACUUGCUACAGUGAAGGAAAGGUCCCAGCUCAUGUGAAACUGGAUGAGUAUGUAUUUAAGGAAUAUAGCACUGAAGCCGAAGGCACUUGGGGUCGGUUCAACUUCUUUGGUAGUAGUAAGCAACUAAAUGCACAAGCGCAAGCUGUUUAAGCGGUAGGGGCUUCCACUUCAUCUCACAUUUUUGUUCGAGUAACAAUUCACGUCACUGGUGGAUAUACGGGUUAUAAGCGAACAGGAAUUUUUCAGUAUAUAAGAUCAAUAGAGGACUUCUGAAGAAGUGCUUGUGGACGGGAAACCUAGUGGAGUGGAAAGGAGAGAAUUCUGGGUAUCUACUGGACAAUUCACUGUCACGGAUUGGAUUUUGGAGGUAAUCUUGUUGAACCUUGGCGUGCUUGUUUCUCUCCAAUGGGGAAGGGCUGUGAUCCUACAGGCAGUGAGUGCGAAGGACCAAGUGAACGAUAUUACGGGUUUGGUUUUAGCUCUGAGACUGGUAGUGUUAGCUUCAUGUAGAUGGUCAUGUUCUAGAUUAGUUUUGUGUAUAGAUGGUUUCUGCCUCGAUAAGAUCGAUUUGCACAAUUAUUUGCGCCAAUCACAUUCUGAUUGAGUUGUGUCUUUUUAUAGAGGUCUGCUUCUGUAAAACUUGUACUCAUCAUGUUUAAAAUUAUCAAGCUUGAGAGUAUUGAUUUCUGCCAGUAGUUUAUCCCUUUUUUGUAACACGCUAAAACCGAAAUAAAGUGUGUUGUUGUUUAAUGGA